AUGGCUUUUUGGUGGCUUUCGGUGGGUCCCUGUUGCCCAUCCCUCCCUGCUGCCUCUCGCAGGUACGACUCCUACGACUCGAGGCCGUCCGCGGCCGAGCGCGACGUCUAUCGGGCCGGCUAUGAGUACGGCGAGGCCGAGGCCGAGAACGACGGCUCCUACGAGGGGCCCUACGAGAGCUUCUAUGGGAAUCGCCGGGAUCAAUUCCAGGCCCGAGCUCGGGAGAACUUUGGGCAACGGGGCCAGAACUGGGGGCGGGAAAACCGCAGCAACAGGCCCUUGGCAUCGGCGUAUCCCGGGCGGAUGAGCGGGCAAUGGAACGAGGCUCCGCAGGCCAUGGGAUCCCGUGGUCCCCAAGGCUCUUCCAGGCUUCCUUCCCUCUUCUCCCAUAACAUCAUCCCCGAACUCGGCAUGUUCCAAGGGAUGCGAGGCUUCCAGGGGAGCAUGCGCUAUGGAGGAGGGAUGCUGAAGCAGCGCAUGAGGAGGAGCUGGAAAAUGUGGGAUUCGGAUUAUAAACCCCAGAAGAAGAAGCUCAGGAAGGAUCCCAGCACGAAGAAGCGGAAGCUCCUGAACAGCUCCGAUGAUCCCGAGGGCAGAGCAGCCAAGACGGACGGCUCCGAGAACUCCGACUCGGGCAACGAGGAGGGAACAGAAGGAGAAUCAGGAGAGAAAGAGGAGAAGGAAGGCUCCAGAGGGGAAGGGGAAGAGGAAGAAGGAAAAGAGAUGGAGAAAGGUGCCCUCACAAUGCAGGAGGAGAUCAGCCAGAUCAAGCACCGCUUGCAGGCGGGCAAGAGGACCCCCGAGAGGCAGAAGAAGAGGCACCGGGAUCGCAUGGUGGAAAGGAUCCAGUUUGUUUGCUCGCUGUGCAAAUACCGAACCUUCUACGACGACGAGAUGAGCAGUCACCUGGAGAGCAGAUUCCAUAAGGAACACUUCAAGUUUGUUGGAACCAAGUUGCCUCAGCAAACAGCAGAGUUCCUCCAGGAAUACGUUGCCAAUAAAACAAGGAAAACCGAGGAGCGCCGUAAAGCCAUUGAGGACAUCAACGCGGUCAUUCAGCAGAUAUACAGGGAGCAGGAUCUUACCCAAGACGUGGGCAUGGAGCAUUUCAUCAAGAAGGUGGAGGCCGCCCACUGUGCUGCCUGCGACCUCUUCAUCCCCAUGCAGUACGGCGUCCUCCAGAAACACCUGAAGUCCCUCGACCACAACCACAACCGCAGGGCCAUGAUGGAGCAAUCCAAGAAAUCCUCGCUCGUGGUUGCAAGGAGUAUUCUCAACAACAAGCUCAUCAGUAAGAAGCUGGAGCGGUACCUCAAGGGAGAGAAUCCUUUCACAGAUGACCCAGAGGAGAAAGAGGAGCCUGAGGAAGGAGAAGGGGGAGCCAGUGGGAACGUGGAGGAAGGAGCAGCAGAAGGAGGAGAUGAAAACAAGGAUGAGGAGGAAAACCUGGAAGAGGAGAAUCCAGAGGAGGAAAACCAGGAUGCCAAAGGGGACCUGGAAGCAAAACGUGCUGGGGAUGUGGGGGAGCAAGAAGAAACAGGGACAGAGACAGCUGAGGCACAAGCACAAGCAGGGAAUGUGGAGGAGCAGAAUUCCCUGCCUCCAGAGGAAUCCCUCCCUGAGGAAGGAGAGCACCAGAGAGCAGAAGAUGAGGAGGGAAGCGAGGAAGCUGCUGCAGCACAAGAGGAGGAGGAAGAUGGGGAUUAAACUCUGGAGGGGAGGGGGAAAUGAUGUGGGAAAGAGCUGGUGUAUUGGGGGGGGGGGGAUAAACCAUACCUGUACCUGUGAAUUCCAUAGCACAUAUUCCAAGUUCUCAUCCCACCAGGCAGUGGAAGCCUUUCCCUUUAAUGUGAUUUUGGGGGGAAUUGAGGGGUUUUUAAGCAAACCUUGAGGUUUAGGCACU